AUGAAGGAUGCUGUGAUGAGGAGAGGAGGGGACAUGGGCGGGGCUGAGGCGCUUCUCGUUUCCCCUCCACGCUUAGCGGGGCAGCAGGGCUGGAAACACCUCCCGGGAGCUCUCCAGCACGGAGAGCCGCCUGGCCAAAGGAACGCGCCUCACACUAACCAGGAUUACCAACAAUUCCUGAAAAAUAUACCUGCUCUUUAUGGCAUGUGGCUUGUAACUUUACUCCUGUUGUACUCUCUCCAAGAAGUACACAGUGAGGAUGCUAGCUCUACCAGGCUCUACUUUGUAAACGCCUCCCUGCAGAGGGUAACCUACUCCAGCUCAGUGGGGGUGUCCCUGCCCUGUCCUGCAGGGGGCACCCCCAGCGCCAUACUGCGCUGGUACCUGGCCACUGGUGACGACAUCUACGACGUGCCCCACAUUCGCCACGUGCACGCCAAUGGCACCCUCCAGCUGUACCCAUUCUCGCCCUCGGCCUACAACAGUUACAUCCACGACAACGACUACUUCUGCACCGCCGAGAACCAGGCGGGCAAGAUACGCAGCCCGAACAUCCGCAUCAAAGCUGUUUUCAGGGAACCCUACACUGUGCGGGUGGCCGACCAGCGCUCAAUGCGGGGCAACGUAGCAGUGUUCAAGUGCCUCAUCCCUGCUGCCGUGCAGGAGUACGUCAGUGUCGUGUCAUGGGAAAGAGACACCGUUUCCAUUGUUCCAGGUAACCGCUUCUCUCUGACCUCCUUUGGAGCUCUUUACAUCUCUGAUGUUCAGAAAGAAGACGCCCUCUCCACAUACCGCUGCAUCACCAAGCAUAAGUACAGCGGUGAAACACGGCAAAGCAACGGGGCCAGGCUUUCAGUAAUGGACCCUAGCGAGUCCUCGCCCACCAUCUUGGACAGUUUCCAAGCCGGGGAGGUGUAUGCAGGCCAGAGCAUCGAGCUCCCCUGCAUAGCGGGCGGCUACCCAAGCCCAACCGUGCGCUGGCUGAAAGAUGGCCGAUCUCUGCCCUCGGACGCCCGCUGGACUCGGCGCUUGACCGGGCUGACCAUCAGCGACCUGAGGCAGGAGGACAGCGGCAGCUACGCCUGCGAGGUCACCAACAGUUUUGGCUCAAAGGAGGUGUCUGGACAGCUUCACGUUAUAGAUCCACUGCGAGUGACGCUCUCUCCAAAGAACAUGAAAACCGGCAUCAGCAGCACACUGUUCUUCACCUGCACCGUGGAGGGUUCUCCAGAAUACACCAUCACCUGGUUCAGGAAUACCGAACUCAUUGUUCCCGACCAGCACAUUUCCAUGCAGGGACAACACAACGACACGCUUCAGAUCGUGGCAGCACAGAAGUUUCACUCCGGAGCAUACCAGUGCUUCGCUUCCAGAAAAGGCCACACAGCUCAGGAUUUUUCCAUAAUUCUCUUAGAGGACGGUACUCCUCGUAUUGUGUCUUCCUUCAGCGAGCGGGUGGUUAACCCGGGUGAGCCUUUCUCCCUCAUGUGUGCCGCCAAAGGAGCCCCGCCGCCCUCAAUCACUUGGACUUUGGAUGAGGAGGCCGUGGUUCGAGAUUCCACGUACAAGACCAGCCAAUACACCCUGUCAGACGGCCUGACCGUGUCUCACGUCAACGUCAGCAGCCCGCUUAUUCGACAUGGGGGAGUGUAUCGUUGCGUCGCACGCAACUCGGCCGGUAGCGCCGAGUACCAAGCGCGCAUAAACGUAAGAGGUCAGCCUCAAAUCAGACCCAUGAGAGACAUCACAGCAGUGGCAGGCAGAAACACGUAUAUAACGUGCCGCGUGAUCGGGUACCCAUACUACUCGAUCAAGUGGCUGAAAGACGGCAUGCAGCUGCCUGAUAAUCACCGUCAAGUGGUGUUUGAGAACGGCACCCUGAGGCUGACGGACGUGCAGAAGGGCGCCGACGAAGGGACAUACCUCUGUAGCGUUUUGAUCCAGCCCCAGGUGUCAAUCAACCAAACCGUCCAUGUAACGGUUAAAGUGCCGCCGCUCAUCCAGCCCUUCGACAUCCCCUCUACCUCAGUGGGGAAGCUCAUGUACAUCGCCUGCGUGGUUUCAUCCGGGGACAUGCCCAUACGCAUCACCUGGCACAAAGACGGCCAGCUCAUAGUGCCAGGCUCCGCCUCUGGCGUCGCAAUAGAGACCAAAGAGUUCAUGAGCUCCCUGCAGAUCUCCAAGGUGACACUGAAGCACAACGGGAACUACACCUGCAUCGCCAGCAACGCCGCAGCCAACGUCAGCUGGGAGAGACAGCUGAUUGUCACCGUGCCGCCCCGGUUUGUGGUUCAACCCAACAACCAGGACUGCAUUUACGGAAAAGCUGGAGUUCUGAACUGCUCAGUGGAGGGUUAUCCGCCUCCGAAAGUCAUGUGGAAACACGCCAAAGGUGUUGGAAAUCCACAGCAGUAUCACCCCGUCCCCCUCACCGGCCGCAUCCAGAUCAUGUCGAACGGCUCCCUGCUCAUCCGACACGUCCUUGAGGAUGACCGAGGCUACUACCUCUGUCAGGCCUCCAACGGCGUUGGCUCAGACAUCAGUAAAAGCAUGAUCCUGACUGUAAAGAUUUCCUUCCAGCUAAACCCAGCCGAGCGAGGAGAUUCAGUCUUCUUCUCCUGUCACGCCAUCAACUCCUAUGGAGAGGGCCGAGGACUCAUCCAGCUCACCGUUCAAGAACCCCCUGAUCCUCCUGAGCUGGAGGUGAGGGAAGUGAAGGACAGAAGCAUGAACCUGCGUUGGAUCCAAAGGUUUGAUGGCAACAGCAUCAUCACCAGCUAUGACAUUGAGUACAAGAACAAAUCAGACUCUUGGGAUCACAUGUACACCACCAGGAACAUUUCACCUACAAACAAUCAAGCUAAUAUCGUGGAGCUGCAUCCAGCUUGUGUUUACAGCAUCCGCAUGUAUUCUUAUAACAAAAUCGGCCGCAGCCUUCCCAGCAAAGAGCUAACUAUCAGCACAGAGGAAGCGCCACCUGAUGGGCCCCCGAUGGAUGUUGUACUGCAGCCAAUGACGUCACAGAGCAUACGAGUCACAUGGAGGGCUCCUAAAAAGGAGCUGCAGAACGGCGUGAUCCGAGGCUAUCAGAUCGGUUACAGGGAGAACGGACCAGGCAGCAACGGGCAGUACAGCAUCGUGGAGAUGAAAGCAACGGGGGACAGCGAGGUGUACACCUUGGACAACCUGAAGAAGUUUGCUCAGUACGGCGUGGUCGUCCAGGCUUUUAACAGAGCCGGAACCGGACCGUCCAGCACCGAGAUCAACGCCACCACGCUGGAAGAUGUGCCCAGCGAGCCCCCGCAGAAUGUGAGAGCAAUCUCUGUGACGUCAGACGAGGCGGUGAUCACGUGGUCGGAGCCGCCACGCAUGACGCUGCACGGCGUGCUGAAAGGCUACAGGGUUGUGUUUUGGUCCCUCUUCCCGGACGGAGAAUGGGGAGAGAUGCAGAACAUCACCACCACACGGGAACAAGUGGAGCUCCGCGGGCUUGAGAAGUUCACUAACUACAGCGUUCAGGUCCUGGCCUACACGCAGGCCGGAGAUGGAGUCCGCAGCAACGUGCUGUACAUCCAGACACGCGAGGACCUUCCCGGUCCGCCAGCCGGCAUCAAGGCGGUUCCUUCCUCUCCAAGCAGCGUGGUCGUGUCUUGGUUACCGCCUCUCAAACCAAACGGCGUUAUCCGCAAAUACACCAUUUACUGCUCCAGUCCAGGAUCUGGGCAGCCGGCGCCCAGCGAGUACGAGGCCAACCCCGAGAUGCUCUUUUACCGCAUCACGCACCUCAGCCGUGGCAAGCAGUACCACAUCUGGUCUGCAGCGGUGACAACCGCUGGCCGAGGCAACAUCAGCGCAAAGGUCACCGUGGAACCUGCUGGGAAAGUUCCGGCCAAGAUCCUUUCCUUCGGGGGGACGGUGACCACACCCUGGAUGAAGGAAGUGCGUCUGCCCUGCAGCUCGGUAGGAGAACCCGCCCCCACCAUCAAAUGGACCAAAGACAGCGAGGACUCCACCCUUCCUGUGACAGCUGACAGCCAGCGGCAGAUCCUGUCCAACGGGACGCUGGUGCUGCGGUCAGUCAAAGCAGAGGAUUCUGGGUACUACACCUGCACGGCUACCAACACCUUGGGCUUUGACACCAUCAUUGUGAACCUGGUGGUUCAAGUUCCUCCUGAUCAGCCCCGUCUGACUGUCUCCACCACCUCCACCUCCUCCAUCACCCUGGCUUGGAUUCCUGGGGACAACGGAGGAAGUUCGAUCAGAGGGUUUGUGCUGCAGUACUCUGUGGACAACACAGAGGAGUGGAGGGAUGUGUUCAUCAGCUCCAGCGAGCGUUCCUUUCGGUUGGAUAAUCUGCGCUGCGGAACGUGGUACAAAGUCAAGCUGGCUGCUAAGAACAGCGUCGGCUCGGGUCGCAUCAGUGAGAUCAUCGAGGCCAAGACGCAUGGAAGAGAGCCUGUGUUUAACAAGGACCAGCCGCUGCUCACACACAUCAACUCCACACACGCAGGACUGAACCUGCAGGGCUGGACCAGCGGCGGCUGCCCCAUCACCGACCUCAUGCUGGACUUCAGGCCCAAAGGCACGUGGGCCUGGCAGAGCCUCAAGGCCAACUCCACCAAUCAGCUGUUCCUCAGUGAGCUGCGAGAGGCUACGUGGUACGAGCUCAAAAUGAAGGCCUGCAACAGUGCUGGCUGUGGAAACCAGACCUCCCAGUUUGCUACCACCGACUACGACGGCAGUACGAUCCCGCCCAUCAAAUCGGCCCGUGGGGAAGGGGACGAUGUGAAAAAACUCUUCUCCAUUGGCUCUCCUGUAAUUCUGGUCACUCUAGGCGUGGCUUUACUCUUCAUCAUCCGCAAGAAACGCAAGGAGAAGCGGCUUAAACGGCUCAGGGAUGCAAAGAGCCUGGCUGAAAUGCUCAUCAGCAAGAACAACCGCAGCAUAGACACGCCUGUGAAGGGCCCUCCCCAGGGGCCGAGGCUCCACAUCGACAUCCCGCGAGUUCAGCUGCUCAUCGAGGACAAGGAGGGAAUCAAGCAGAUAGGAGAGGACAAAGCCGCGGUGCCGGUGACGGACACAGAGUUCAGCCAGUCCGUCAACCCUCAGAACUUCUGCACCGGAGUGGCUCUGCACCACCAGGCCCUCAUUCAGAACUCAGGGCCUCUGAUCGACAUGUCGGACAUCCGUCCCGGCACCAACCCUGUGUCAAGGAAGAGCAUCAAAUCCGCCCACAGCUCCAGGAACAGAUACUCCAGCCAGUGGACGCUGAGUCGACCCAGUCAGUCCACAGCUUCGGCUCGGACUCUGACAUCAGACUGGCGGACGAUGGGAUCCCACGGCAUCACCGCCACGGAGAGCGACAGCUACAGCGCCAGCCUCUCGCAGGACACGGAUAAAGGUCGGAACAGCAUGGUGUCGACGGAGAGCGCGUCCUCCACCUACGAGGAGCUGGCCAGAGCGUACGAACACGCCAAGCUGGAGGAGCACCUGCAGCACGCCAAGUUCACCAUCACAGAAUGCUUCAUCUCGGACAGCUCGUCUGACCAGAUGACCACGGGUACCAAUGACCCGGCAGACAGCAUGACCUCCCUCAGCACGCCGUCUGAGCCGGGCAUCUGCCGCUUCACCGCCUCACCGCCCAAACCGCAAGACUACGACCGCGGGAAAAACGUGGCGGUGCCCAUUCCCCACCGGGCGAACAAAAGUGAAUUCUGCAAUCUACCCCUUUACAUGAAGUCGGACCCAUUCUUCCGGAAGCAAGGGGACUCCCUGCAUGACCCAUGUCCAGCUGUGCCACCGCGGGAAGCCUCGAUUCGCAGCCUGACGCAGCGGGCGUACCACACCCAGGGCCGCCACAAGACUCUGGACUCGGCCAAGCAGCAGGCGCUGACGCUGGGUCACUCCGGCCUGGGCAGCCUGGGGGCCAGCUCGGGCACCUCCACCUUGCCCCAGAGAACUCUCACCAUGCCCAGCUCCGGCAACGCGGCGACGGCCUCCACGUCCAGCACCAGCAGCAACCCGGCCGGCAGCAACAAGGUGGGCGGCUCCAGAGACUCGCUGCUGGAGAGCAGCUCCUCAGCCCUGGGGAGGCUGCAGAAACAGAGCGUGGGGGCCUAUUCCAAGUCCUACACGCUGGUGUAGUCCAUUCUGCUGCACAGACUUGCACUGCUGCCCCGUUCCUCAGCCGGCGCCACCCUGGCUCUCAUCAGUCUGGGCCAGAACAGGCUUUCUGAAAGCCGAGCCAACGGUGAGCCGACCAGCUUCCUGUCUACUUUUCCUCCAGAGGGGGCGGAGGUGUCCCGCCCCUCUAGACAGAGACCCAGCUAACCCUUCUCUUCAUGUUUAAAAUGGAACUCAAUACGAGAACUACUAACUCCGACUAACAGUUCCAGCCGGCUGGUGCUCAGCUCCACUCAGUUCCUGCAGGAGACACGCAGCCAAUCACAGAACGGGAUUCCUGCUAACGUGACUCUAACUGAAGAGCUGAUGGUUCCCAGUUCAUGACAACAAAGACUAUAGCAGCCAUUACGAAGCUGUGCGACCAUCCACACACACACACACACACACACACACACACACACACACACACACAAUGUCCUUCAUAGUUUUUGAUUUAUUUUGUAUUUUUGGUCCAUUUGCAGGACUUCAGUUCAGUCCCCGGUUUUCUCUCACUCUCUCGGUGUCUCUCCCCAACAAGAAUAGGCAGAUUUUCCCCCUUUUUGAUUAUGAUCCCCCCAAAAAUGAAGGAUUCAGGUUCACCUCCUGGAUUAGUAUUCUCCACUCAUCUCUCUGCAGCUGAACCAUCUCAACUCUUCAACCCCAAUGAAGCAGCUAGAAUUUCUCACCUUGCAAAUAGAGAAUAUUUGGUAUUAUAAAGAAUUUUACAUAUAUAUUUCUAUGUAGGUAUAUUAUUGACAUUUAAGGGAAAUGAUGACAAAGUAUAAACUGUAUAUGCUACACCGAAGUGAUAGUUCUAUACAGCAGUUUGUUAGCGGCAAAUUUUAAGAAAGGAGACAAUCGCUCAAUCAUUGAAGUUAGAAGUAGAGAAAAUUUAAGAAAAGUCGGACUUAAGAGAGAAAAUGUUUAGUAUAUAUAUGUGAGAUAUUCUGUAUGUUAGUGCUUGUUUGCGGGCUAACAGAAAGCGGGUUGGGAAGAUGUGUUUGUGUGUUUCUGGGGGGGAAACGAUCACUAUGCCGAUACACUAUAACGAUAUGAUAAUGAAAUCUUCUUACCCGGCAUGUCGGCCUGUGAGUCUGUGGUGGACAAGGUGUGCAAACGUCCUGCUAAUACAUUAAAUGUACCUUAAAUACAAAAAGUCGAGCAACACAAAGGAAAAAAAAUGCUGAAAUCUUAUAAAUAGAAGAGAGCAGCAAAAUGCAAAUGUGCUGCAAAUACAUAAACCUGCCGCAACACAUAAACGGUGCUGAUUCAAAGGGUAAAUGGGGAAAAAAAGAACAGCUGCAAGUAAAGACAGAGAGAAACAGAAUGGCAAUGGUUUGGUCUAUAAGCCGUUUUAUUUUUUUCUAUUUUUGCUGACCUCACAGUUACGUCUGAUAGCUGGAGGCAAAGAAAAAAAAGCAACUGUAGGAAAUCUUUGUAAACCAGCAUGGGAUUGGUAGGGAUUAGCCAUGAAAAUCCAGAUUUGAUUUUGACUCCAAUUAAUUAACAUAUUGAAGCUGUUCGUGGAAUCUGUCUGCUUCCAGCAAAGCUCCGCCCACAGGAAUACGUCAAAGUGGGUGUGACAUUUAAAGGACCUGACCCACGUUGACCAGGUCCUUUAAAGAAGGCUGGAAGUGAGCGGCUGGGAAUGGGGACGUCCUACCGUCACCCCAGCGUUACUUUGGUCUUCUAACCGUGCCGAUGGAACCCAAAGCGUUUCUGUUUCUACUGUCCUUUAUCUUGAUAUAUUAAAAACAAAAAGAAGGUGCCACAGCCGCUAUGAGAGAAUUAACAGGACAGAUCAAAAAUCAGACAGGCCUGUUUGGCUUCUAUGCAGCUUUCCUUUGCAUCUGUUCUGUCGGUUUUUGUUUGCAGCUUUUGUAUGCAUUUGCAGCACAUUUGCACCCCUGGGCCACCAUUAGAUUCAGAAAUUAUAGUAAGGUUACGCCUCUCUUCUGUUACCACAAACUUCGACAUUAAGUCAAAACGGACCCAAAGUAGCUUAGAAAAGGGAAGCAAGUCAAAGGUUUACAAAACCAAACCUAAAAAUGCGUAACAACCUGGGAAAUCUUUCAAAAGACCCAGGUUCUCCGUCAUCGUGUCUCUAUCUCAGCGGAUGAAACACCUUCUUGCUGUUUGCUGCAAAUCGGUCCCAGACGCGGGCUGGUGUGAGGGGCCCCGGGUCUGCGGGGGCCGAUUGCCAAUCAUCACAGAUGUAGUCCUUUGCUUCUCAGCCAAAUAAAUAAGCUGAAAUGAAUGCCAGUCAUAAUGUGAAUGAAAUAUUAAUAAUAUUAAUGUCAAGAGAUGUUCUAUGUCAGGGAGUUCAAUUUUGAAGUUUAUAUGAUGUUCAUUGAAUUGAUAUCCUCGUUGUUGUCCUGUCUGAAAACUGUAAAUGUCCCUCCUUUUUUUUUUUUUUUUUUACCCCCUCCCCCCCUUUUUUACACCAUUGUACAUGAAAACAGGAACCUAUUGGGAUGCCUUUUUGUCAAGCAUUCCAACAGUAGUGUUUCCUGUUUACUAUUUAUUUCUCCAUUUGCUGUUUGUUCGUCUGCUCUUUUCUUUUUUGAGGGGGUGGGGGGGGUUCUGUUGGUUUUUAUUGGUCUCCAGUUCUGUCAGUUUGUUUCCAGAGGUCCAGCAGUACCAGGCCUGUGGUUUUACACCGGUUCAGCCUAUUGAAAUCAGGGACUGUGGCUCUUUUGGUCCAAACUGAUAUCAUGUUGUGUAAAUACUGGACCAGAGCCGUUCUGUAGAACUGCUUCGUUUCAGCUCUCGCCUUUGACCCCCCACCCCGACCCACCGUGAUGAACGGAGGAAUAUGCCACCACCUCCCCAACCCACCUGGAUCAUCAUCUCUACCUUUUGUCGGUGUUGUUUUUAAGUCCAGUCUUGUACAUCACACACAGUUUUGUAUGAAGAGCUAUUUUCUUCAAAAUAAAUCAGGGGACACAUCAAGGUGGAAAGUCCCUCUUUCAAAACUGAAAUAACAUCACAAUUUUUUUUUUUCUUAAAAAAAAAUGGACAAAUACGCCCCCUCCCCCCCAUAUGUUUUUGAUACUAAUUUGUUAAUUUCUUGUCUUUUUAUUUAAAAAAAAAAUCAGAUUUCGAUGUUGUCAUUUGUUCUAUUUACUUUUUUAUUGUUUUCUAUUUUGUUCAACCCUUGAAAAAGUCAUUGCAUGCUUGCUAAAAGGGAAAAAAAUGAUGGAAAAAUGUUUGAAAAAAAAAAAUUGCUGAGGAUAUCCCAAACAUUUCUUUUAAGUUGCUUGUUACAGCAAUUGCUUGUGUUCAAAGGUACAUUUUCUAUGAAAAAGCAAAAACUAAAAAGAUCAUUCUAACACCUUGUGCAA